AUGGCGAUAUUCUCGAAACCGCUCAACCUCAAUAAAUUGUUUCGACACCAGUCAUCACGACAACCAUUGCUUGUCCUGCUAGCGACAGUUCUCAUCCUUCGAUCUAGACUGUUUAAGCCCAUCACGAACAAGUCAAGCAGUCUACAACCAACGCACAGUCAAAGCGGGCUUGCCAUUGAUGCUGUUCACUUUCCGCUGGUGAAUGCGACUCCAGGACUCGGUCUUCCGUUUGUGCACCAGCUCCGUUCGCUCCUGCGCAUAGUCCUCCCUUCGCUUUACACUCGUGAAGCGCUCCUGCUCACUGCUCACUCUACAUUUCUCGUUCUUCGUACAGUGCUGAGCAUAGCUGUCGCCCGUCUAGAUGGUCGCAUAGUAAGAGACUUGGUCAGUGCAGAUGGGAAGGGGUUCUUGACCGGCCUCGCUCUAUGGUUCGCACUUGCUAUACCAAGUAUAUACACGAACUCCAUGAUUCGCCACCUUCAAUCUACGCUCUCCCUCAGGUUCAGAACCCGCUUGACUCGAUACAUCCAUGACCUCUACCUGUCACCCGCUCCCUAUCUCCGCUACUAUCGCGUUCCCCUCCAUGGUAUCGAUCAGUACAUUACAGCAGACGUCGACGCUUGGGCAGAGAGCGUUGCUGGUAUCUAUGGCAAUCUCAUGAAACCCUCCCUCGACCUCCUUCUCUUCACCUCACAACUAGCAAGGUCCCUCGGAUUCAGAGGUACUGUACUGCUUUUCAUCAAUUAUUAUGUUACUGCCAAGAUCCUCCGCGCCGUAACACCUGCAUUUGGUCGUCUCGCAGCUGUAGAAGCCCGUCUGGAAGGCGAAUAUAGAGCUGGCGUCGGACGUGUCGGGAGAGAGAGCGAAGAAAUUGCGUUCUAUGAUGGAGGCGCACGGGAACGAGAUAUCCUCACCAGAACGUAUUUGCGAUUGAUCAAACAUGUCAAUUCGAUAUACAAGAUCCGCAUCGCAUAUGAAUGGACAGAAGAUUUUGUCAUCAAAUACCUCUGGUCCGCCGCUGGGUACGGGUUGAUAGCUGUGCCGUUGCUCAUCACGAGGAAGCGCCGCUCGCACAGUGUGGAUGGAAAGCAGGGACGAGAGCAGAAGAGUGACACGGAUGGUAUCGUUGCUGGCAGGACGGAAACCUACAUCUCCAAUCGCCGCCUUCUCCUCUCCCUCGCAGAUGCGGGUGGGAGACUCAUGUAUGCGUAUAAAGAUUUGCAGGAGGUUGCUGGGUUGACUGGGCGACUCUACACCCUCCUUUCAACUCUCCACAACAUCCCCCCACUCCCCUCUGCACUCCCAGGGGACGGUAAUACAUUCGCGCUGAAGGACGUGGAUAUAUGCAUUCCAGGGGAUCCCUUUAGCUCUCCCGACUCACCCUCACCCACACCUUCUCAUUCCCUCGCUACCAUCUCUGAGCUCCAAGCUCACACAGAAUCAAUUCCCCUACCCCCAUCCUCGGAACCGUCACCCUCAGAAACUCUCUCAGGGCCAAACACCACCACCCUCGUCCGCGCACUCACGCUCACCCUCCGACCAGGUAUACAUCUUAUGAUUACAGGAUCUAACGGGGUUGGGAAGACUGCUGUCGCGCGUGUUCUGGCAGGGCUUUGGGCACCUGGAAGUUCUUCGAUGCUCAAGGGCUCAAUGCACACUUCCGGCGCGGUUGCGCAUCCUGUUGACGAUGCACUCACGCAUCCCACAGACGACGCAGAUGGACGCCCUGGCGUGUUCGUUAUCCCCCAACGUCCCUACCACCCUACAGGGUCCCUCUUAGCCCAAGUCAUUUACCCACACUCUGUAUCUGAGUUCACUGCGUCCUCCGCGGCGUUGUCAAAACUUGAAAGCGUGCUGGAUGCUGCUUAUCUUGGGUAUUUGGUGGACAGGGAGGGUGGCUGGGAUGCGGUUAAGGAGUGGAGGGAUGUGUUGAGUGGGGGGGAGAAGCAGAGGCUUGCAAUGGCUCGUCUUUUCUAUCACCGUCCCAAAUUCGCGAUUCUAGACGAAUGCACAUCCGCUGUAAGCUCCGACGUCGAAGGUCAGAUGUAUGAACACGCAAAGGCAUUAGGGAUCACCUUGAUCACCAUUUCCUUGCGACCGUCUUUGACAAAGUAUCACACGCAUAUAUUGACUCUUACAGGCGAUGGAACGGGGAGUUGGACCUUCAACCGGAUUGCUAAGCCUCAGGCUCAUGAGGGGCGUGGUGAGAGCGGACUGGCGACACCGCCUAGCGAAAGCGAAUCAACCUCGGGGGAUGGCGGACGCGCACUAACAACAGAGGACACAGGAGCCAAAUACCUCGCGUGUGUCCUUGAAGAGAUACGUGUGCUGGAGGCACGGAUUGAGGAGUCGUGUCAGUGGGAGAAGAGGGUGAGGGAGCUUGGGGAGGAGUUGAAGGCGAAGUGA